AAUCAAUCGUGUUCACCGUGACUGCAUUUGCGGUUUCCAUUGCAUUCUUGUUCUGAUCGUCCCCGCCACAUGAGUGGUUAGAAACCGGGAAACAGUGUCAGUUUUCUUUUUCUUUUUUUUCUUCUCUCCAUACUUUAAUAUGAAAAACAAAGGAAGAGCAGACUUACUGUAUGACUGUGCACUUUGGAUAUUUAAUGUCAUGCUCGACGUCUUUUUUCGAGAAAUAAGACCGAGAGGUUCACACAAGAUCCCAGCAGAAGGCCCACUUAUUUUUGUAGCUGCACCCCACGCCAACCAAUUUGUUGACCCCCUUAUUGUUAUGCGUGAAUGUAAUAGACGAGUAUCAUUUCUAAUAGCUGCCAAAUCUAUGAAGCAAAAAGGCAUUGGGUUUCUUGCGAGUCUUGUGCACCCAAUUCCCGUCAUGCGACCUCAAGAUUUAGCAGAGGCUGGUAUUGGCCGUAUUUAUUUGUUGAAUCCCAAAUCAGACCCACUUCGUAUUCAUGGUCUCGACACCAAAUUCACUCAACAGUUUCGUCCUUUAGAUACCAUCAUUCUACCUCGCAAUGCUGGCAAGUUACAAAUCGAACAAGUCAUUUCUGACACAGAACUUGUGAUCAAAUCUGCUCCUAAAGAAAAAGAAGCUUUAGAGCACCUGACAAAGCAACAAGGCACUGCCUAUAAAUGCUUACCUCAUAUUGAUCAAGAUGGCGUCUAUGAGCGUGUCUAUGAAGAAUUAAACAAUGGACGCUGUAUCACCAUUUUCCCUGAAGGAGGUAGCCAUGAUCGGAAUGAGAUGUUACCUUUUAAAGCAGGUGUCACUAUCAUGGCUUUAGGUGCUAUGGCUAAAUAUCCUGGUUUGGAUGUUAAGAUUGUCCCUUGUGGCCUAAAUUACUUUCAUGCACACAGGUUCCGUUCUCGUGCUGUUAUUGAAUUUGGCAACCCUAUCACUAUCCCUGCUAACCUAGUUGAGCAGUUCAAACAAGGUGGCGACUUGAAAAGAGAAGCUUGUUCAAAUCUGUUGGAUACUAUUUUUUGUGCAUUGAAAGCUGUCACUGUCAAUACAGCAAAUGACCAGACAUUAAUGGUGAUUCAAGCUGCUCGUCGCUUGUAUAAACCAGCACAUCGCAAAUUGCAUAUUGCUCAAGUGGUGGAUUUGAAUCGUCGUUUUGUGAUUGGAUACAACUUGUAUAAAGACGAUCCUCGUGUGAUUGAUCUACAGCAAAAAGUGUUGGCUUACAACCAGUUACUCAAGUAUCAUGGCUUAAGAGACCAUCAAGUACCCGAUAUCAACUUGAGAGAAUGGAGAACGUUUUUCUUGUUGUGCUAUCGUUUUGGUGUGUUAGUUGUAUGGGGUUUAUUAUCAUUUCCAGGAUCUAUUCUGAAUUUGCCUAUUGUUAUCACCGCAAAGGCUCUGAGUGCUAAAAAGGCUAAAGAAGCAUUGGCUUCUUCUAGUGUCAAGAUUGCUGGUAGAGACGUAUUAGCUACAUGGAAAUUUUUAGUCGGCCUUGUAUUACUACCUACAUUGUAUGGUUUAUAUACUUUAAUUGUGCUUUGGAUCUGUCUUCAAUCUCAUCUAUCUUGGAUUCAAACCAUUUUUUAUCCCUUCUUGACAUGGACUAUGCUUCCUUUUGUAAGUUAUGCAUCUAUGAGAUUUGCAGAAAAUGGAGUAGAUGUGUUCAAAUCACUUCGUCCUUUAUACCUUGCCUUGGUAGAUCCAGACAGCACAGCUAACCUGCGCCAAUUAAGAGAAAAGCUGUCUCAGGAUAUUACCAAAGUCAUCAAUGAAAUUGGUCCCAAUGUCUUUAGUGACUUUGAUCCUGACAAUGUGUUCAGAAGCGACAAUACAAGCAAAGAAUCCGUUUCUGAAUUAGCUGAAGGUGGUAGAACCUUCUCGCAAAUCGCAAACGAGUUCUUAACAGACACAGCAAGAGCCUUGUUGGAUGAUAGCAAAAUCUUCAAUUGGACAAAGCAAGACUCGGACUCAGAUUCAGAAAAUUUGCUUUACUUUUUAGACAAAACAGGCUACACAACUGCCUCUGCUAGUGAAGCAGAGUAUUCCAAUAUAAAAAUGACACGUAAAAAAGCAUAGACGAUUUAUUCAAUAGUACUUCAAUACUUUUUUUUAAAAAAAAAAUAAACUUUGUAUUUAUUUAUUCAACAGUUUGGCUUGCAUGAAAU